AUGCAAACCAAGACCCUUCUCCUCGCCACCCUGGCUUCUGUUGCCUCUGCCCGUUUCGGACAGGAAGGCCUCGUCCAAAGCGUCAUUCAAGCUCUCGGCGCUUUCGGUCCCCCAGGCGCAGCUGGUACCCUCGCCGGCCAGACCCCCAGCGUGCUCCUUGCUGGCGCCAGUGCUUGUGCCAAGCUCGAACUGGCCGACGAGAUUGUUGCCACCCUAGGCAACGACCCCCAGGUCAUUGCCGGUGCCGCCGCCCUGGUUGCCGCGGAGAAGAACUUUAACCCUUUCGCUGUUGACAUCCCCACAAUCUGCAGCAAUGCUGCUUUGCCGGCUACUCCUGAGUUGAGGGGAAUCAUUCCCUUGGUUGAUCCUGCCGUGGAGGGGGCUGAUAUUCAGAAUGCCAACUCGGCGGCGAGCUUGCAGGCUCCGUUGGCGGAUGCGGGGUUGAGUGUGGCUGAUAUUUCGAGGGCGGCUGGGUUUGAGAAUUUUGAGGAGCAGGCUUAG